AUAAAAUCUGUUAAAUUGCUUGUACUAUAAAAAUAAAAUAAAGCUUCAUAUUUUGACAAUUCUAUCUAGUGUCAUGUGAGCAUAUCUGUGUUAUAAUCUGUCAACCUAAAUAUUUUUUGAAGAUUUCAAAUUAUAGCGUAUAUAAUUUGCUUAUCGAAAUGAACAAACUUCUGACGUCAAAAAAAUUGAUUCCAAGAGAUCAAUCAUUUUCUUCGAUAUCCCACAAAUUUCACAAAAAUGAUCGAGUCGUUAGCCCUGCGAUUGGCAAGAGAUAUAAAAAUGAUAAAUCAGUUAAAGCGAAAAUUAGAAAAACUGCUAAGCAAAGCGCUUUAAGUGGUCAGUUUUCUGAAAACAGAUUCGAUAAAAAGGAUUUAUUUGAGAACAUUCUUGUCAAAUCGAAUCACCUGAUAAAUCCAAAGAAAUUAGAGUCUAAAGAAUCUGUAAUAUACAUCAGCACAACAUACAAACCUGAUUCAGUAGACCAUGAGAACAUUCCCACCGUAGAUUUGACUAACAGCAACGAAAAAUUGAAAUUUAGAGAACAGCAUGUAAAUUCGAAACAGCUGAAAACUAUUUUCUUUCCGAAGAGGAACUUUGAACGGGACAAUAGUUUAAAGAAAACACUGGCUACGACGUCACUCAUAAAUUUGCCAAUCAUUAAGAAGUUUGUACCAAAAAGGCUUCACAGUACGACUGUCAUCGAGAAGUAUUAUACGAAACUGUCGAUUUUAGAUAUCCCUUCGCAAUUUUUGAGCUGGGAAGACUUGAAUUAUCAUGAUACGAACAUUUUGAAAAAAUGCGAAUUAACUGAUAGUGAUCACGAGAUGAUCCAUUGGAUUUUAGAACGCGAAAAUGAAAAUUUCGAAUUAGAUUUCACAUUGACAUCAACGUCCAGUUCCGGAUAUAAUUCGUCUUUGAAUACCGAAAUGUCACUGGAACAGAUGUUAAACGUCUAUGACAUUUCUUCAAAGGAUUAUAUCUGACCAUUAGUUUGACUGAUUGUUGCUCUUAUCUUUUAAAGUUAUUUUAGAGAUUUAAUAAAAAUUAAAAGUAAAUUAGACAUA